ACGAGAAAAGAGUGUUUUUAAGUGUAGUAGCUGCAUCCAGCAUCUUCAUCAUCGCUCGCUAUGGGAUUGGAUUUCACAGCAGAAUUUGGGGCUUUUCGAAAUUCCAAUUAGGGUUUGCAAAGGCGCGCGUUGUCGCUCUCUCUGUUCCGUUAUUGUUUCGUCGCAAAGUCACUAAACUGAAAAGAAUCAAACCUGGGGAGUGAAGGUUCAGGGUUCGAUCCUCGCUCCUUGUGCUGUUGCCUCGUUCGGUUUUGGCGCUCCCUCAUGGCCGAUAACAUGGAAAUCGAUUCACCUUCCGAUUCCCACCCCCUCAAUCCUCGAGAUCGAAUCAUUCGGAGGCUUGCUCAAUUUGGCGUUCCUGAGGAGCAGCUUGACCAGCCUGGUUUGGUUGCUUUUGUAAAAGAAAAGAGGGGGUUGUUACCUGAGCUGGUGUCUGUUAUAUUGCCUACCGAUUUGGAAUUGGUAGAAGCAUUGCAGGAAUCUAAAUUGGGCUCUAAGAAGUUGACGUCGGGAGGGAACAUGAAGAAGAGUUUCCAUGAGAGCAUGGUGUGGUUGCAGUGGUUGAUGUUUGAGGGUGACCCAGGCAAUGCUCUGAGAAGCCUUUCCAAGAUGUCUGUCGGGCAGAGGGGUGUCUGUGGGGCUGUUUGGGGCAACACUGAUAUAGCUUACAGGUGUAGGACAUGUGAGCAUGACCCGACUUGUGCAAUCUGUGUUCCUUGUUUUGAGAAUGGGGAUCACAAGGGUCAUGAUUACUAUGUUAUAUACACAGGUGGCGGUUGUUGUGAUUGUGGGGAUGUGACAGCAUGGAAGCGUGAGGGGUUCUGCUCAAUGCAUAAGGGUGCUGAGCAGAUACAACCACUUCCGGAGGAAUUUGCAAACUCUGUUGCUCCUGUGCUUAGUUCUCUUUUCAAUUGUUGGAAAGACAAACUAACAUUGGCGAGUGAUUCCAAUAAUGGAAGAAAGAAGGCAGCAAAUGAGCUUACUUUUGCUGUGGUUGAUAUGCUUUUAGAAUUUUGCAAGCAUAGUGAGAGUUUGCUCAGUUUUGUUGCAAGGCUAUUGUUUUCUUCUUCUGGUUUAGUGAACAUCCUGGUGAGAGCUGAGAGGUUUUUAGCUGAUAUUGUUGUAAAGAAACUCCAUGAGCUACUCCUGAAAUUGUUGGGAGAACCUAACUUUAAGUAUGAUUUUGCUAAAGUUUUUCUCACUUACUAUCCAAGUGUUGUAAAUGAGGCCACAAAAGAGUGCAGUGACCUUCCUUUAAAGACGUACCCACUACUAUCAACAUUCUCUGUGCAGAUACUUACAGUACCCACUCUUACGCCACGUCUUGUGAAGGAAAUCAAUCUACUAACCAUGCUGUUGGGAUGCCUUGAAAAUAUUUUCAUUUCUUGUGCUGAAGAUGGACGGUUACAGGUUUCCAAGUGGGUAAAUUUGUAUGAGACAACAAUACGUGUUGUUGAAGAUAUUCGAUUUGUUAUGAGCCAUGUGAUAGUGCCUAAAUAUGUAACCAAUGACCAGCAAGAUAUCUCAAGAACUUGGAUGAAACUUCUGUCCUUUGUGCAAGGGAUGAACCCGCAAAAGCGAGAAACAGGUCAACAUAUAGAAGAAGAGAAUGAGAAUUUCCAUUUAUCUUUUGUUUUAGGGCACUCUAUUGCCAAUAUUCACUCUCUAUUGGUGGAUGGGGCAUUUUCUGAUCCUAGCAAGGGGGAGAUGAACGGUGAAAUUGUUUGGAGCUCAAAUAAGAAUGAAACAGAUGAUGGAGAUAAUCUAAGACUUGCAAAGGUUGGGCGGCUAUCCCAGGAAAGCUCUGCAUGUAAUGUGACCAGUAGGAAUAGUGCCUUUGCUUCUAAGGUUCUUGACAUAAAAUCUGAGGCCUCUUCUGAGCUGCCUCUUCCACGUUCUGUCACUUGGUUGAUAUAUGAGUGUUUAAGGGCUAUUGAGAAUUGGUUGAGAGUUGAGAAUACCCAGGGAGUACUUCCUAACAUGCCAUCUCCAAACAGUGGUACUGUCUGUGAUGGAAAUUUUUCAGCAUUUAGACGAACAAUAUCUAAGUUUGGAAGAGGUAAAUAUACAUUUGGUAGGCUUGCAAGGUCAAGUGAUGAUCAUGGUAAGCAGUGCUCUGAAAAUAGUGAAACUGAUUCAGAAAAUAACUGUGUUCGUUCGACUUGUGAUGAUAGUGCACUGGAAGAAGAUUUUCCUUUGGAAUCAGAUGGCCUACGUUUUCUAUCAUUGGCCGAUUGGCCAGAGAUAGUCUAUGAUGUUAGUUCACAAGAUAUAUCUGUACACAUUCCGUUACAUAGAUUGCUUUCCAUGCUCUUACAAAAGGCAAUGAAAGGAUAUUUUUGUGAAGCUGAAAUGUUAGAUGUGACUCAUGCUUCUGCCAAUUCAUUAUCAACAAGCUACAAUGACUUCUUUGAACAAGCUUUACGGGGAAGCCAUCCAUAUGGUUUCUCUGCCUUUAUAAUGGAGCAUCCAUUGCGAAUUAGGGUCUUUUGUGCUGAAGUCCACGCUGGAAUGUGGCGUAAAAAUGGAGAUGCUGCUUUACUAUCUUGUGAAUGGUAUAGAUCAGUACGCUGGUCUGAACAAGGUCUGGAGCUUGAUCUAUUUCUUCUUCAGUGUUGCGCUGCACUAGCUCCAGAAGAUCUAUAUGUCAAUCGAAUUCUAGAGCGCUUUGGUCUGUCAAACUACUUAUCUCUAAGUCUUGAAUGUUCUAGCGAAUAUGAACCUGUUUUAGUCCAGGAAAUGCUUAUUCUUAUUAUUCAGAUAGUAAAAGAACGACGAUUUUGUGGGCUAACUACUGCUGAAAGUUUGAAAAGAGAACUGAUUUAUAAAUUGUCCAUUGGAGAUGCAACUCAUAGUCAAUUAGUGAAGUCUCUUCCUCGCGAUCUCUCCAAGUUUGAUCAGCUUCAAGACAUCUUGGAUCGAGUUGCUGUUUAUUCUAAUCCAUCUGGCUUUAAUCAGGGUAUGUAUUCUCUGCGACGGCGUUUUUGGGAAGAAUUGGAUUUGUAUCAUCCACGUUGGAAUUCAAAGGAUUUACAAGUUGCUGAAGAAAGAUAUUUACGCUUCUGUAGUGUCUCUGCACAAACCACCCAGCUGCCGCAAUGGACCAAAAUUCAUCCUCCUCUGAAGGGGAUAGCCAGGAUAGCCACUUGCAAAGUUGUUCUUCAUAUUAUCCGUGCAGUACUGUUUUAUGCUGUUUUUACAUUUAAAUCAGCUGAUUCUCGUGCUCCUGAUAUUGUUCUUCUGCCUGCACUUCAUUUGCUAUCAUUAUCAUUAGAUAUCUGUUUUCAGCAGAAAGAAUCUAGUGAGAAUAUGUGUGAUGAUGUAUUGCAACUUCCCAUAAUAGCCUUCUCUGGAGAAAUAAUUGAGAGUUCAUUUUGUGGUGUUGGUGAACAAAGCUUGUUGUCACUUCUUGUUUUGUUGAUGGAAAUGCACAGAAAGGAAAAUGUAGACAACUUUGUAGAAGCAGGUGGUUGUAGUCUAUCUACUCUAAUUGAAAGCUUACUGAAGAAAUUUGCUGAGAUUGAUGACAGAUGCAUGACUAAGUUGCAAAAUCUUGCCCCUGAAGUGGUCAGUCAUAUUUCUGAAUGCGUUCCAAGUAAAGACUCAAGUGUCUUACUGUCAGCUUCUGAUAGUGAAAAACGCAAGGCAAAAGCUCGAGAGAGGCAGGCUGCAAUAAUGGAAAAGAUGAGAGCGCAGCAGACUAAAUUUUUGGCCAGCAUUGAUUCCAAUGUUGAUGAUGGCUCUCAACUUGGUAAUGAAGGUGAAUUGGAUACUGAGCAAGAUGCUGAAGAAUCUAAACAAGUUGUUUGCUCUCUUUGUCAUGACCACAAUUCAAAACAUCCCAUUGCAUUUUUUAUUCUUCUUCAGAAAUCUAGGCUUGUGAGUUCCGUUGACAGGGGUCCUGCAUCAUGGGCCCAACUUUGUCAAUCAGAUAAAGAACACACACCUUUCCUUAACACCAAGGAGACAGAUAAACUGGCUAUGAAGAAGAUUUCAGUUAGUUCAGGAUCAACUCCAUCUGCCCACCUAACUCAAUUAGUUCAGAAGGCUGCCAAUGAAUUAACUUCUCGUGGAAAACCUGGGGAAGUUAAUACUUUUCUGCGAUAUGUCAAGAAUCAGUUCCCUGUAUUGGGAAAUUUUCAGCUCCCAGACACAUAUUAUGGUGAAAAAGAAACGACACCAUAUACCUUUGAGACUUUAGAACAGGAUAUGUACAUCUCCAUUUGUGAUGAAAUGCGUGAUCUUCUGCUGUCUUCAAAUUUUAUGAAUGAGGACUCUACUACUGGGGGGAGUUCAAAUAUUAUAAUAGAUACUGGAUCCGAUUUGUUUGGGAAAUAUACAGCUGAUCUUGUGAGAGAGAUGUCAGAAAAUUCUUCGGAUUCUGAAAAUGCGUGCGGUGAGAAUGCUUCUGUAGAAUCAUCAUCACAACAUCCAGCAUAUGAUGGAUUUGGCCCUACAGAUUGUGAUGGAGUUCAUGUUUCUUCAUGUGGGCAUGCAGUACAUCAGGGGUGUCUUGACCGAUAUUUGUCUUCAUUAAAAGAAAGAUCUGUCAGAAGAAUUGUUUUUGAAGGAGGACAUAUUGUUGACCCAGAUCAGGGAGAGUUUCUCUGCCCAGUGUGCCGCCGACUUGUUAAUUGUGUCUUGCCAACUGUACCUGGAGAACUACAGAAGCCUUUUAUGCAGUCUAUGGUCUUGAGAACUGGUUCAAUAAAUUCUGCAGCCCCCUUAACUGAAACAAAUGAAAUGAGUUAUUCACUUCGCUUCCAGCAAGCCUUAAAGCUCUUGCAAUCUGCUGCAAGUGCAGUUGGGAAAGAUAAAUUCCUGAAAGCUAUUCCUUUGCAUCACAUUGAUAGAACUAGACCAAAUUUGGAAAACUUCUCACGGGUGCUUUCUAAACUGUAUUUCCCUUGUAAACAAGAAAAGUUAUCAAGAGUUGCUAGACUAAACCAGUCAAUGCUAAUGUGGGACACGCUCAAGUACUCCUUGAUGUCAAUGGAGAUAGCUGCACGUUGUGGAAAGACUACUUUUACCCCUAACUUUACUCUUACUGCCUUGUAUGAAGAACUCAAGUCUUCAAGUGGCUUUAUAUUAUCCCUGUUGCUGAAACUUGUUCAAAAGAUACGAAGUAAGAAUUCUCUUCAUGUACUGCAAAGGUUCACUGGUGUUCAACUCUUUGCAGAAUCAAUUUGCUCUGGGGUUUCCCUGAAUUAUGCAAAGAAUGACAUGUCUGGGAGAGGUGAUAUGUUAUCCAUCUUAAAGCAUAUUGAAAUGGACCUGUCAAACACCAACAUAUGCUUUUGGAGUCAGGCUUCAGAUCCUGUACUUGCCCAUGACCCUUUCUCAACAUUGAUGUGGGUUCUCUUUUGUCUACCACACCCAUUUUUGUCAUGUGAAGAAUCCUUGUUAUCCCUAGUGCAUCUUUUCUAUAUAGUAGCUGUAACCCAGGCUAUAAUUUUGUAUUAUGAUAAAUCUUCGGAUAAAUCAUCAAGGGACUCAGCAUUUUCAGAUUGUCUGAUUACUGACAUAUAUAAAGUUAUGGGUGAAUCUGGAUGUGCCCAACAGUACUUUGUAUCAAACUAUUUUGACCCUAAUGUUGAUAUUGAAGAUGCAAUUCGGAGGUUUACUUUUCCUUACUUACGAAGAUGUGCAUUGUUGUGGAAGAUACUCUAUUCUUCUAUCCCAGCACCAUUCUGUAAUGAGGAAAAAGUAUUGGAUAGAUCAUGGAAUGCCCCAAAGGACACAAUGGACAGGACCAAUAUUGAGCUGUUUGAGGUCACUAAAAUUCAAGAACUUGAGAAUAUGUUCAAAAUCCCGGCUCUUGAAGUGGUUCUCAAGGAUGAACUUUCAAGAUCUACAGUCUCUAUUUGGUGUCAUCAUUUUUGCAAGGAAUUUGAAUCACGGAAAGUUCACCAUAAUAUUCAUGUAACACCUGCAGUUCCAUUUGAGUUGAUGAGAUUGCCAAAUGUUUAUCAGGAUAUUUUGCAGAGGUGUAUCAAACAGUGCUGUCCUGAAUGCAAAUCACCUCUGGAUGAGCCUGCAUUGUGCCUGCUGUGUGGUAAAUUGUGCUCCCCAAGUCGGAAAUCAUGCUGCAGGGAAAGGGGAUGCCAAACCCAUGCAGUAACCUGCGGAGCUGGUACUGGAGUGUUUCUGUUGAUUAGGAGAACAACCAUCCUGCUACAGAGAUCUGCUCGUCAGGCCCCUUGGCCUUCUCCAUACUUAGAUGCUUUUGGUGAGGAGGAUUAUGAAAUGAAUCGAGGCAAGCCACUUUACCUGAAUGAGGAACGCUAUGCUGCUUUAACGUAUAUGGUUGCUUCUCAUGGACUGGACCGGAGUUCCAAGGUUCUUGGUCAGACUACUAUUGGUUCCUUCUUCCUGGUUUAGUUCAAAUUCUACAUGUUUACUCAUAGUGAUAAGAAUUUUUUACUGGACAGAUCUCUGGAGGGUGGAAUUGGUUCUAGAUAUGCUAUUAUAUCAUGUUAUACACUCCUCCUAUUAAUCAAAUAUGGUGUCUUAUGCUCAAAAUGUACAGCUCAUUCAGUAACGGUUGCUGCAAAAAAGAUUUUAAACUUGCGGCUCAGGUGGGAGACUCUACCUGCUGGCCAUGGCUGUACAGAUUUCCCUGAUGCUAACAUAGCUGCAAGUUUCUUCUGCUCCAUGCUUACCAUAAAGUAAGUCUCCGAUGAAGUAGGUGCACAGGUGUACAUAUGUCAUCAUACUAGUGAGGGGAGCAAUUACUUCGAGGUAUAGUUUGUGGAGUUUCUGAGCUUAUCCUUACUCAUUAGUGGUUUAGGAUGUCUGAAAAUACAAUCAAGUUAGUUCUUUAUCUCUCCCUCUCUUUUAAGUUGGGUGUUUGGUUGGGCCAUCUCCUCUGCCCAGGUUGGGGAAAACAGAAAAUUAUAAUGGGCAUAUUGUAUACAAGGUAUAUAUAUACACACACACUGAUUUCACAGUCAACAUUUUUUUUCCUUUAGCAUAUUUGAGGAACGAUGCUAGUAGACCAGUAAAAUUUGGGAUCUGUUUUCAUUCUCAAGUGUGAUGGCUUAUGAUAAUAUUAUCAUAUUUUGGUGAAUUAAAAAGGGAUAAUCGAUUGUAAUGGAAUGUAAUACUACAUGGUAAGAAAGGGUUCAGUUUGAGCUUCGUACAAGUAUGUGGAAUUGCACAUUUAUAUCAGGAAAGAACCACCCUGCAAAUGAAAUUAUAAAUUUUUGUUAAU